UCAGCCCAUCCCCCAAUCUUUUCCAUCAAAUCCAAAGAAGAGCUCAAAACAAAUAGGAAAAAAACAAAAUUAAAAGUAAUAAUAACUGGUAAGAAAUAAACGACCCUGUGCUUUGGUGAUUGCAAAUAGUGCAAGCUUGCUUGUCCCAACUUUCAAAGCUCUAUCAUAUACUAUUGUAUACUACUCCAUUAAACUGAAAGAGAGGAAAAAAAAAACAAGAACUCUUCUGCUUGCUACCCACAGCCCCAUAAACCAAAACACAUGCUCCUUCCAUUUCCCUAAGCUUAUCCCAGCAUCACCACCUUCUCUCCUUGCUCUUUAUCCCCUUCACCUCUGUCUCAGUCAAUCUCUGGGAACAAUUUCCUCUGAUAUUUGCUUAAUUGAUUUGAAAUACUAGCCCAAAACAGAGAGCCAAAGAUGAUAACUCUAUCAGACUUCUACCAUGUCAUGACCGCAGUGGUCCCACUCUACGUUGCUAUGAUCUUAGCUUAUGGGUCAGUGAAAUGGUGGAAAAUCUUUUCCCCAGACCAGUGCUCUGGGAUCAACCGAUUUGUCGCUCUAUUCGCAGUCCCCCUUCUCUCUUUCCACUUCAUCUCAAUCAAUGAUCCUUAUACCAUGAACUGGCGUUUCAUGGGGGCCGAUACUCUCCAGAAACUCGUAGUUCUGUCUGUAUUAGCCGUGUGGAGUAGAGUAAGCAAGAGGGGUUGUUUGGAAUGGAGCAUAACACUCUUUUCCCUUUCCACUCUCCCAAAUACUUUGGUAAUGGGAAUUCCUCUGCUCAAAGGGAUGUAUGGAGAAUUCUCCGGUAGCUUAAUGGUUCAAAUAGUGGUUCUCCAAUGCAUCAUCUGGUACACUUUGAUGCUCUUUCUGUUCGAGUACAGAGGUGCCAAGAUAUUGAUUUCUGAGCAAUUUCCGGACACCGCUGGAUCCAUUGUUUCGAUUCAUGUGGAUUCGGACGUGAUGUCAUUGGACGGAACUAGGCAAGUUUUGGAAACGGAAACCCAGAUCAAGGAGGACGGAAAACUCCACGUUACUGUAAGGAGAUCCAACGCUUCUCGUUCAGACAUUUUCUCGAGAAGGUCCAACGCCUAUUCAUCUACUACUCCGCGGCCGUCGAAUCUGACCAACGCCGAGAUUUACUCUCUCCAGUCGUCGAGAAACCCGACUCCGAGAGGCUCUAGCUUUAAUCACACCGAUUUUUACUCCAUGGUCGGUGGCGGCACUCGGAACUCCAACUUCGGUGCUUCGGAUGUGUACGGUGGGCUCUCGAGGGGGCCGACGCCGAGGCCGUCCAACUAUGAGGAAGAAGGCGGCGGAGGAGGAGCUAACAAGUCUAGGUUCCACUCCCACGGUAACGCUAACUAUCCUGCGCCCAACCCGGGGAUGUUUUCACCCACGGGUUCGAAAGCACCGGGGAGUACUAAUACUACUACGAAUGCUAAUGUAGCAGCAGUGGUUAAGAAGCCUAAUGGCCAAGCUCCGCCGCACAAGGCUGAGGACGGUGGUCGGGAUCUUCACAUGUUUGUCUGGAGUUCAAGUGCUUCCCCUGUUUCGGAUGUGUUUGGCGCCCAUGAUUAUGGUGGAACCCUGGACCAGAGUUCUAAAGAAGGGAGAGUAGCAGUCUCCCCAACUAAAGGAGUGGAGGGUAAUAGGGAAACCCAGGAGGAUUACUUGGAGAGAGAUGAUUUCAGCUUUGGAAACAGAGGUGUAGCUAGAGAAAUAAACAACAGCUACGAUGGGGAAAGAGGAGGAGAUGUUAAAAACAAAGGACCAAAAGCCAUGCCUCCAACGAGUGUCAUGACAAGGCUCAUAUUGAUCAUGGUUUGGAGGAAACUCAUCAGAAACCCAAACACUUACUCCAGCUUAAUUGGCCUCACUUGGUCUCUAGUCUCAUUCAGGUGGAAUGUGAAGAUGCCCGCCAUAAUUGAAAAGUCGAUUUCAAUACUGUCAGAUGCAGGACUUGGCAUGGCCAUGUUCAGUCUGGGUCUGUUCAUGGCAUUGCAACCGAGGAUCAUAGCAUGUGGGAAUUCCAUAGCAGCUUUUGCUAUGGCCGUGAGAUUCCUUGCAGGCCCAGCUGUCAUGGCUGCCGCUUCCAUUGCUGUUGGCCUUCGCGGCGCCCUCUUACACGUUGCCAUUGUACAGGCUGCCCUACCGCAAGGAAUUGUCCCCUUUGUCUUUGCCAAGGAAUAUAGCGUACACCCUGACAUUCUCAGCACAGGGGUUAUAUUUGGCAUGUUAAUUGCAUUACCGAUAACACUUGUGUACUAUAUUUUGCUGGGCCUAUGAAGAGGAAGGUUACCGGAGUCGUGGUUUGAACCAAGACUCAUUUGGAGCUGCCAAAGAAAGUUGGAUAAUGAAGAACCAAGGAAGAAGAGAAAAAGUAUUAAGUGUACUUGGAUCCUUUUCACUUGUCUUUUGGUCGUAAAACUGUAUAAUCAUGCUUGCAGUCAAUUUAUUAUUAGUAAGAAAAGAAGGAAAAACAAAAUCUAGGUAAUUAUUGUUUCGUUCGCAUUUCUUGCCUAAGAAUUCAAUGAUAAUACAAGUUGACAAUGAAGAAUAUUGUAGGAACAAAUUAAGGAGAGUAGUUGAUGUAUGGAAUGCUCUCUUAACGAUUGUACUCUCUAGUACUGUUAUCAUGAACUUAAGCAAGUAUAUAUUUUUGAAAA